GUGCAUGCUGUGGUGGGAGUGUUGUCUGAUGAUACGGAUCCCAUGGUGACGGUGAUGAAGCUGGAGAAAGCUCCCCAAGAAACCUAUGCAGACAUCGGGGGUCUAGACCAACAAAUCCAAGAGAUCAAAGAAUCUGUGGAGCUGCCCCUGACCCACCCGGAAUAUUACGAAGAAAUGGGCAUUAAGCCCCCCAAAGGUGUCAUCUUGUAUGGUCCCCCCGGAACAGGAAAGACUCUAUUGGCUAAAGCCGUUGCAAAUCAAACAUCCGCUACAUUUUUGAGAGUUGUGGGAUCUGAAUUGAUUCAAAAGUAUCUUGGUGACGGCCCGAAACUUGUGAGAGAGUUGUUCCGUGUCGCUGAAGAACACGCUCCUUCCAUUGUAUUCAUCGAUGAAAUUGAUGCCGUCGGAACAAAGAGGUACGACUCAAACUCGGGAGGCGAGAGAGAAAUCCAGAGGACCAUGUUGGAACUCCUGAACCAACUGGAUGGUUUCGAUUCCAGAGGAGACGUGAAGGUGGUGAUGGCCACGAACCGGAUCGAGACCCUGGAUCCUGCCCUGAUCCGCCCCGGUCGAAUCGACCGAAAGAUCGAGUUCCCUCUGCCCGACGAGAAGACCAAGAGGCGCAUCUUUCUCAUCCACACGGCCAGGAUGACCUUGGCAGAGGACGUCAACAUAGACGACCUCGUCAUGGCCAAGGACGACCUCUCGGGGGCUGACAUCAAGGCCAUCUGCACAGAGGCUGGCCUGAUGGCUCUGCGCGAGAGGAGGAUGAAGGUCACCAACGAAGACUUCCGGAAGUCCAAGGAGAACGUCCUCUAUCGCAAGAAGGAGGGCACGCCCGAGGGACUCUAUUUAUAGUUUUUUCAACAUUUCAUGGACUUUCUGUUUAUUUUGUCUCUUUUUAAGUGUUAUGGAAAUAAAAAAAUUUUGUA